AUGGCUGAGGCGUCACGGUGGCAUCGAGGCGGGGCUCCGAAACAUAGCCUGCAUUACAGUAAGGAAGUAGAAAUUAGAACCACACUUCAGGAGUUGGCACUCUACUUUAUUUUUUUAAUAAACCUAUGUAUAUUGACUUUUGGGAUGGUAAACCCACAUAUGUAUUACUUAAACAAAGUUAUGUCAUCUCUAUUUUUGGACACUUCUGUGCCUGGUGAUGAAAGAACCAACUUUAAGUCUAUUCGCAGCAUAACUGAUUUUUGGAAGUUUAUGGAAGGACCCCUUUUGGAAGGUCUGUACUGGGACACAUGGUACACUAACAAGACGUUGUAUGAUUUAAAGAACACCAGUCGCAUCUACUAUGAGAACAUACUUUUAGGAGUCCCCAGAGUCCGUCAACUAAAAGUCCGCAACAACACAUGCAAGGUCUAUUCAUCCCUUCAGUCUUUGAUGAAUGAAUGUUAUGACAGAUACACUUCUAAAAAUGAAGACCUGGCUGAUUUUGGCCUUAAAGUGGAAACUGAAUGGAAGUACGCUACUCCUGAUAGUACCUCCCCUUGGCACUGGGGAUUUGUUGGUGUUUACAGAAAUGGGGGAUUUAUUUUCACUUUAUCAAAAUCAAAAUCUGAAACAAAAAACAAGUUUAUUAACCUUCAACUGAACAGCUGGAUCACAAGAGGGACUAGAGUUAUUUUUAUUGAUUUUUCAUUAUACAAUGCUAAUGUAAACCUGUUUUGCAUAAUCAGAUUGGUGGCAGAAUUCCCUGCAACUGGAGGAAUAAUUACUUCAUGGCAGUUUAACUCUGUGAAGCUCCUCAGAUAUGUUAGCUACUAUGAUUAUAUUAUUGCUUCCUGUGAAAUCACAUUUUGUAUUUUUCUUAUUGUCUUCACAACACAAGAAGCCCAAAAAGUUAGAGAAUUUAAGUCUGCCUAUUUCAAAAGUGUUUGGAACUGGCUAGAAUUACUACUUUUGGUGUUGUGUUUUGUGACUGUUUCCUUCAACGUAUACUGUAAUAUACAAAUUUUUCUCUUACUUGGAGACCUGUUAAAAAAUACCGAAAAAUAUUCAGACUUCUAUUUUCUUGCAUACUGGCACACUUACUACAACAAUAUAAUUGCUGUCACCAUCUUUUUUGCAUGGAUAAAGAUAUUCAAAUUCAUAAGUUUUAAUAAGACAAUGUCUCAGCUGUCAUCAACCUUGUCCCGCUGUAUCAAAGACAUAGUAGGAUUUGCCAUCAUGUUUUUUAUAAUAUUCUUUGCUUAUGCUCAGUUAGGAUUUCUUGUUUUUGGAUCACAAGUUGACGACUUUUCCACUUUUCAAAAUGCCAUAUUUGCACAAUUUCGAAUUGUUCUUGGAGAUUUUAAUUUUGCUGGCAUUCAGCAAGCCAAUCGUAUCCUGGGACCCAUUUACUUCAUCACUUUCAUCUUUUUUGUGUUCUUUGUCCUGCUGAACAUGUUCUUGGCAAUUAUUAAUGAUACUUAUUCUGAAGUGAAAGCUGAUUAUUCAAUAGGCAGAAGGCCAGAUUUUGAACUUGGUAAAAUGAUUAAAAAGAGUUACAACAAUGCUCUUGAAAAACUCAGACUAAAGAAACCUGAAGAGGGAGAAGACGAAAAAAGUGCGAAAAGCGGAGAUUUAGUUGAGCGAGCCAGAAGAGAAGGCUUUGAUGAAAAUGAGAUUCAAAGUGCAAAGCAGAUGAAAAAGUGGAAAGAGAGGCUUGAGAAAAAGUAUUAUUCUGCAGAAAUUCAAGAUGACUACCAGCCUGUCACUCAACAGGAAUUUCGAGAUGGCACCACAACCAAGUACAAAAUGAUACUCUUGGAGUGCCUGACAAAAUGA